AAAUAAUCAGACAGAACUUUGUCAACCCCAGAACUCUAUAAGCAGAGCCACUUUUGUUUCUAAUUCCCUAGUUUUGCAUCUGUGGUGCCAAUCCAAGGCUACAUGAUACGGAACGAAGAAUAGAUUAAUAAUAAAAAACAAGGAAUGGAAUAAAGUGGCAAGGAGCAUCAAGGAACGGCUGGUUCACUGCAUUAUUGAGUUGCAUCUCACUGCAGCCCUCCUCACACUGGUACGGUGAGCUCCGGCUGCAGCUGCAAGACGACUAGCAGUUUAUUUCUUUUUUGUGAACGUCCUGUGAGGCUGUGAGAUCUAUCAAAUCGGUUUGGCAACUUUCAUCGCAGAGAGAUCUGCUUCUACUGCCAUGGCAUCCCCAACAUCCAAUUGAUUUGAUAGGAAGUGGUAGGAAACGAAUUGAAGAGAAGGUUUUCUUGGUAGUACCUGUACAAGGCUGCUAGUCUUGAUGUAGAAGAAUAACGCCAUGAAGGGUUGGACAGAUGACCAUCCAAGGAAGCUACAAUACUCACUAGUUAAAGAGAUUACAAAUAAUUUUGCAGAUGAACUUGGACGCGGUACAUUUGGACGUGUGUUUAAGGGGCUGCUUGAUGAUGGAGAAGAGGUUGCUGUGAAGCUGCUUCGUUAUUUCACGCCUGAGAUCAGUGACCAGCAGUUCCAAAAUGAAUUUGGAAACCUUAAGAAGCUCAAGCAUCCUAAUAUUGUACAAUUGUUGGGGUUCUGCGAUGAACCUGAGGAAGAAAUUAUUGAGCACAAAGGAAAAUUAAUACUUUGCUAUAGGAUACGCAGGGCACUAUGUCUUGAGUAUGUGCCCAAUGGAAGCCUUCGCAAGUUUCUUUCAGGUGGAUGUCUUAGCAAGAAUUGGCCCAUACGCUACAAAAUAAUUAAGGGAAUCUGCGAGGGUCUACAGUACCUUCACAAGAUUCCCAUUUUCCAUCUUGACUUAAAACCUGAUAAUAUACUGCUAGAUGAGAAGAUGUUGCCAAAAAUCGCCGAUUUCGGUUUAUCUAGGCUCAUUGGUGAAGGGAACACCAAAAGGACAAUGACGCCUCUAGGGACAGUUGGAUACUUGCCUCCAGAGUUCAUUGACAAUCAAAUAAUCUCCAGGGAAUAUGACAUAUAUAGUUUAGGUGUUAUAAUUAUGCAGAUAAUCACUGGUGUUACAAGCUUCUCUGAUUUUGCUGACAUGGAGCCCCAAGAAUUUAUUGAACAUGUACAUGACAACUGGAAAAGAAGUCUAGAAGAGAUCCCAGAGUAUGCGUCACUUGAAGCGGAUUGCAAACAAGUGAAAAGAUGUAUGGAAAUUGCAAUAAACUGCAAGAAGAAGAAGCGUCAUGAAAGGCCUACAAUGGAGGAUAUUAUCAGCAAAUUAGAUGAGAUGGAAACUGUUAAAAUUGACACGCAGUUGUCAAUUAAAAAGGGUUACUUUGAAGAAUCCAGAUUCUUAUCUAGUGGCAUCCUGGGCAGGCCAUAUCAAUUACAAUCGGCUGGAGCGGUAAUCCUUGCUGUCACGAAGAUUGGUUCCAUUUUAGGAGAUGAAACCUCCAAGGUUGUUAUAAAUAAGCUGUCUGAAAAAGUUCAAGCUCUGAAGGAACUGCCACGGAAAGUCGAUCAAAUAAGGAUGAAAUUGACAUCAAUGAGUGAUACUAUACAAGAGAUCGGCACAGACUACCUCACAGAUGAGCCUGUCAAUAAUUGGAUCGGGGAGGUCCGGAAGGUGGCUUACCGUGUUGAAGAUGUAGUAGACAAAUACUCAUACCAUGUUUUUCAACUGAUGCAAGAAGGGUUCCUGAAGAAGUACUUCAUCAAGGGCACCCAUUAUGCCAUUGUUUUCAGCGCAAUUACAGAUGAGAUAGCUGAUAUAGAAGAGGAGAUUAACCAAGUUAUUCUGAUGAAGGAUCAGUGGUUGCAGCAUUCCCAGCUUGUUCCUGACAAACUUGCCGUGAUUGAAAGGCAGCGGUCCCAAGAUGGUUUCCAAGAUUUUGUCAAAGAUGAAGAACUAGUAGGAAUUGUAAAAAAUAGAAAAUUGCUGUCUGGAUGGCUGUACUCGGAUGAGCUGGAUAGCACCGUGAUAACAGUUUCGGGUAUGGGUGGGUUGGGAAAAUCUACCCUGGUAACAAAUCUUUAUGAACGAGAAAAGGUCAACUUCCCUGUGCAUGCUUGGAUUGUUGUGUCACAGAUCUGCCCGGCAGACGCUCUGUUGAGAAAGCUACUCUGGAAGAUUGAGGACAUGGUACCACCAGUACCAUCAGAAAUUGACAAAAUGGAUGUACACGACUUGAAGGCAGAAAUAAAGAAAAAACUCCAAAAUAGAAAAUGUUUGAUUGUAUUAGAUGAUGUCUGGGAGCAAGAGGUAUACUUCAAAAUACAUGAUGCUUUCCAGAAUCACCAAGCAAGUCGUAUUAUCAUUACUACACGAAAGGAUCAUGUUGGAGCCAUCGCUUCAUUGGACCACCACCUUGAGCUAGAACCAUUGGAUGGCCCUGAUGCAUUUGACCUUUUCUGCAGAAGGGCUUUUCACAACAAGAAGGACCACAAAUGCCCCAAGGAGUUUGAGAAAAUUGCUAAAUCUAUAGUGGAUAGGUGUCAUGGCCUGCCGCUGGCAAUUGUUACUAUAGGCAGCUUUUUGUCAUCAAGACCACGAAUAAACAUUUGGAAUCAAACAUAUAAUCAGCUAAGGAGUGAGUUGUCAGCAAAUGAUCAUGUCAGAGCAAUAUUAAACCUAAGCUAUCAUGCUCUAUCUGGAGACCUCAGAAAUUGCUUUUUGUACUGCAGCUUGUUCCCUGAAGACUACCCCAUGUCACGAGAAAGCCUCGUGCGGCUGUGGGUUGCAGAAGGCUUUGUUCUGAGCAGAGAAAAGAAUACACCAGAGGAGGUGGCUGAGGUAAAUCUCAUGGAACUGAUUCACCGCAAUAUGCUUGAAGUUGUGGACUAUGAUGAGCUCGGAAGGGUUAGCACUUGCAAGAUGCAUGGUCUUAUGCGGGAUCUGGCACUCUCCGUUGCCAAAGAAGAAAAGUUUGGUUCUGCAAAUGAUUAUGAAGCAAUAAUACAGGUGGACCCACAUGUUCGCCGAUUGUCAUUAUGUAGGUGGAAAGUUAAUAUUUCACUUAAGGUUAAAUUUCCACGUCUUAGAAGCCUUGUGGCUCAUGGAAUGAUUUCGUCCACCCCUUAUUUGUUAUCCUCAAUUUUGUGUGAAUCAAAGCACUUGACUGUUCUAGAGCUGCAAGAUUCUAAUAUCACCGAGGUGCCCACAUUUAUAGGGAAUCUCUUUAAUCUGCGGUACAUUGGGUUAAGGCGCACCAAUGUCAAGUCACUCCCAGAGUCCAUUGAGAAGCUCUCCAAUCUCCACACUCUGGACAUCAAGCAAACCCAAAUAGAGAAACUACCACGAGGUAUUGUUAAUGUUAAGAAGUUGAGGCACCUUUUGGCUGACAGGUUAGUUGACGAAAAGCAGUCAGAUUUCAGAUAUUUUAUCGGAGUCGAAUCACCUAAAGGGCUGUCGAACCUGGAAGAACUGCAGACUCUAGAGACAGUGCAAGUGAGCAAAGACUUGUUUGUGCAGCUGAAGAAACUGAUGCAGCUCAGAAGCAUAUGGAUAGACAAUGUAAGUGUUUCUGAUUGUGCAAACCUUUUUGCGACCCUAUCGACGAUGCCACUUCUUUCCAGCCUGCUUAUCUCUGCAAGAGAUCUGAACGAGACACUCUGCCUCCAAGCCCUUGAUCCGAUUUCCACAAAGCUCCACAGGUUAAUUGUAAGGGGCCAGUGGACUUCUGGGACACUGAGGUAUCCGAUAUUUCGCAAUCAUGGGGAACAUCUCAAAUAUUUAGCGUUAAGCUGGUGUCAGCUUGGAGAAGAUCCACUGGGUGUGCUCGCUCCACACGUGCCAAAUCUCACCUAUUUAAGUCUUAACAGGGUGAAUAGUGCAAGCACUUUGGUUCUUUCUGCUGGGUGCUUUCCUCACCUGAAGAAGCUCGUCUUGAAGCGAAUGCCGGAUGUCAAGCAGAUGGAAAUCGAAGAUGGUGCUCUUCCACGUAUUGAAGGUCUUUACAUUGUGUCCCUAGCACAGCUGGAUAAGGUUCCUCAAGGCAUCGAGUUGCUUCUUUCUCUGAAGAGGCUUUGGCUGCUGUACCUGCACGAUGAGUUUAAAACUCUGUGGCAAACCAGUGGGAUGCACCAGAAGAUGCAGCAUGUUCCAGAGAUUCGUAUCUAGGAAACCUAGAUGGUAAAUUCUCCAUUGGCAUGCUUGUAUGACGUGUCUGCUCAGAACUGUAUUUGUUGGGCACUUUAUCCCUUUUUAUUCCAAUAAGCCAUGAAUUCUUCCUUUUGAUUUUUUUUAUUGUACAUUGAAACACCCAUGCAUGUGCUGUGUGUUGGUUCAGUUGCUUUAGGAAUACUACUUUUGUUCAAGAACACUUCCCUUUUGUAUUUAACUUUUAUAUUUCCCAUGAUAUUUCCUGA